CGGAGCUUGCAGUGAGCCGAGAUUGCGCCUUAGCAUACUGUAUGCUAAAUCGCUACACUUAUUCAUACUAUAUAACUCUCUUUUUGUACCUUUUGAUCUAUAUCUUCCCAUUUCUGCCUGCUCCUGGUAAAUAUUGCUUUACUCUAUUUCUAUAUAUUUGAUGUUUUUAAAAGAUUACACAUAUAAGUGAGAUCAUGCAGGAUUUGUCUUUCUGUGCUUGGCUUAUUUCACUUGGCAUAAUGUCCCCCAAGUUUAUCCAUGUUAUGGCAAAUGGCAGGAUCUCUUUUUGGGGGGCUGGAUAAGAUUCUGCAUGUGUGUAUCAGUUUCUUUUCUCUGUCAAUGAACACUUUGGUUGUUCCCACAUCUUGGUUAUUGUGAAUAAUGCUGCGAUGAGCAUGGAAGUGCAGAUACCUUUAGGAGUUGGUGUAUUUCCUUUGGGUAUAUACCCAUAAGAGAGAUUGCUGGGUAUAUUUUUAAGUUGAUUGGCAUUUAAUAAGAUAAUAUAUAGCAUGCUGCUGCUUUGAAUCUUCCAUAUUUGUUUGUAGAGCCCCUGUUUUCUAAUGCAGUUUAUGUAUAGUUUUUCCACUUUUUCUUGGACAGUGUCUAUUUUAAUUACUUUUAAAUGACUUGGAUGUACUGAUGUUUUCUCUUUUAACAAAAAUCACAAUUAUACUCCAAAUUAUUUUUGCAUAAAAAGUAUAUGCUUUUAAAAAUAAGUGAUAUGACAAAAAUAUCAGCUAUAAAACUAUCACCAUGAGAAUAUUGCCUGUCCUAGUCUCUUAAGGAUAUUUAUUACGGAGGAAAAAAAUAACAGAGGUCAUUUGCUUUUCAGUGACCAUGUUCUUCAUACACAUGGAUGUCUCACAGAUCAGCUAAGACCUGUGUUUGAACACCUUGGUCACCCCUGCAAGGAGCCUGCUACCAGCAUUUGCCAUCCACAGAACUGUGCUAAUAGAAUCUAUUUCUGGAGAAUGGAGGAGAGAUUAACUUCUUGUUCAUGAUAAAUCAAGGGUAUCUGAUUUGCCUGUUACAUGCCCAGUUUUCUUUGGAAGCAAGCCCUAGAAGCUGUUUUUCUGAUCUAAUCCUGACUCUCAUGUUAGUGCUUAUGAAAGAGAAAAACAUUUACUCACGAUAAAGACUGAGUUCUAGCCAUUAUAAAUCUUAUCAAUGGCCUUGUGAAGGUUGGGGGAAAAAGGAAGGAAAAAAUUGAUUGUGCUCACUCACACUUGCAUCUGGACUAAUGCUCCUAUUCCUGUUGCAGAGUGUUCUGAGAUUUCUGGAAACAGCAGCAGAGAUAAAGUUGGGAAUCUUAGGAGAUAUUUGAUUGAUGAAUGUUGCACUAUAAGGAGUGGCCAGUAACAGUUCAAUAAGGAAAAUUGUUAUAGUUUACUCAUUACUGGGAAAUAUUAGCAAACCUAAACAUUUCAUUUUUUUCUCUAUUUUUCUUAUAAGCCACCAAGAUUGGUAGAAGUGCUCUUAACAAAUAUUUGCCAUGUUAAUAUUUAGAAGCACACACAUGCAUACAUAUAUACAUAAGAUGUAUAAUGUUUUUUUGGCUUCAGUAAAGGUACUUGGUACAUACUAUACAUUCUAUAUAAUAUUUUGGUUAAUUGCUUGAAAAGAAGCAUAUUUUUCCCAAGACAAAUACAAAACAUAUUUAUCUAAGAUGUGGGCCAACAAAUAACCGUUUUCCAUAGGUUAAGAUGUAUAUUUGUACAUGAGCAGUUCCUCAGUUUCAACAACCAUUUUUUGAGUAUCAGUUAUGUGCUAGUGCUCACUCUGAGAUACAACAAAGGUGAACAGAGCAGCUGAAUGUGAACCAUCGAUGGCCGCACCUCUGUCCACCCUUCUUAGUUCGUUUGUGUUUUGACACCAUCUGUUAGCCUUGAGAAGGCGUGUUUUUGACAGAAGGAUAAAGAAACACAGGGACAGAAAUGUGUACUUUCUGGACUAUUGGGUUAUUUCUUUCCAUUUAUUUGUGAAGUCAUCAGAAUGCCUGUCUGUCAGCAUUACAUAGAGCCUGCAGUUUCCCUAAGAAACUGUCAACUUUGGGGACAAAAUUAAGGAAAGUUUCUUACUCCUCGGUUUCUAUCUUUUGAUCUUUUUAAAAGACAUCUAGUAACAAAGUCAGGCUAAAAGGCUAAAAGCUGGUUGGCCACCAAUCUGUAUGGGGCAUGAAAAUAUCACUGAAAUAGGCUAGUAAUAUGAUGCCAAUUCAUCAACUUUUCCCUCGUCAUUUCUCAAAAUGGUAUUGCCCUAGAUAUGGUAAAAUAUAACCUAAAAUAGAAGAUUCAAAACCAUCAGCAAACAAACAAAAACAGAAAGCUUGCUUUCUGGCAUCACCGUUUUGCCGUUGAAUAUUUUUGAGAUGUCCACGUAAGUUCCAAGGAGCAGCUGCAGCCACACCACCACCCUGAGCCCAGCCAGCUGACAGUUGCCUAGAGUUGGCAGCCACAGCUAGCUGAAAUUUGGAAACCCCGAAAUGCCUAGGGUUGAGAUGUGUCCAAUUACCAAAAUUAUAAAGCCUUCAUUAGGCUUUUGAAGAAGUUGUGUGGUCUGUAGAAUUGCAUGUUUUGAACAUAAAGUGGUUAUUUUCAGAGGCAGGAGAUCUUUUGGCCCCAGUUACCACUAAAUAUUAAUAAAUAUUAAACACAAGUUAAUUAAUGGUGAUUUAAAGGGACCCAUUAUUGUUAAUUCGUGUCAGACUCUAUUUGAUGAAAUGUAUCUUUUUCCUUGUUUCCAUUCACUCAAUUUCUCUUCUUUCAGAUAUACACGUGUAUAACACACACACACACACAUACACACACACACACACUCAUUUCCUUUUCCAUUCUGCACUCAAGUUUUGCAAGACAGUCCUGAAAAAGAAGUUUCAAUAGGAAGGUAGAAGCGGUUUUGCACCCUCUCCCGUUGAAAUCAGUUUUUCCACAAUUCUUACAGCAAGUUUUUCUCUAACAGAAAAUGUACAGAUUGAACAGUUGCCCUCCAAAACACUGGCAAGCAGGUGGCACGAUGAUUUCUUCCUCUUAACGGAUCCCAACUCAUUUACUAAGACUCAUUCAACUUUUAACAAAAAAUUUGCCAUUUCCCUUUCUUACUACAGUCAUAGCCAUUCUCUGUAAAAUUAUAUGUGGAUAUUAAAACUUAAAUGCAGUCCUACAAUAAAAAUAUUUUUAAUACCCUAGAAUAUUUUUUGGGUUCUCCUCAAAGUUAAGAAAAAAAAAAAAAAAAACUGAUUUGUAUUUUGUGUACCUGGGAAGUUGUUCAUGCUGAGUAACAGUACAAAACUUGAGCUGCCUUGCUUUCUGCUUCCAGGAAUGCCAAUCAGAGAACAUUCUUUUUCAGGCAGCCAAGUUUGGAAGUCAGUUGGUUUCUGGCAGUGAGUAGGGGGAGGGGAUGGCAGGGGAAGCACAGUGAGUCCUCGGGCUGAUGUUCAGCUUCCAAGUGUUUCCGUAAUAUCCAUCAAUGAAAGCAUCUCCUUUUACCCACGCAGAGACAGAUAAAUAGGAUUUACCAAUCCUUGGAUGAAGUGCUUGGGAAGUCUUUAAGUGCCAUAAUCAACUGCCAUUUCAAAGAAUAUAGAUGGUUUUGAAAAGUUCAUGCUGUCCCUUCAUUGAAUUUUAGAAUGAUUGAAGAUAGUGGGAAAAGAGGAAAUACCAUGGCAGAAAGAAGACAGCUGUUUGCAGAGAUGAGGGCUCAAGAUCUGGAUCGCAUCCGACUCUCCACCUACAGAACAGCAUGCAAGCUUAGGUUUGUUCAGAAGAAAUGCAAUUUGCACCUGGUGGACAUAUGGAAUGUCAUAGAAGCAUUGCGGGAAAAUGCUCUGAACAACCUGGACCCAAACAUUGAACUCAAUGUGUCCCGCUUAGAGGCUGUGCUCUCCACCAUUUUUUACCAGCUCAACAAACGGAUGCCAACCACUCACCAAAUCCAUGUGGAGCAGUCCAUCAGCCUCCUCCUUAACUUCCUGCUUGCAGCGUUUGAUCCGGAAGGCCAUGGUAAAAUUUCAGUAUUUGCUGUCAAAAUGGCUUUAGCCACGUUGUGUGGAGGGAAGAUCAUGGACAAAUUAAGAUAUAUUUUCUCAAUGAUUUCUGACUCCAGUGGGGUGAUGGUUUAUGGACGAUAUGAUCAAUUCCUUCGGGAAGUUCUCAAACUACCCACAGCAGUUUUUGAAGGUCCUUCAUUUGGUUACACAGAACAGUCAGCCAGAUCCUGUUUCUCCCAACAGAAAAAAGUCACGUUAAAUGGUUUCUUGGACACGCUUAUGUCGGAUCCUCCCCCGCAGUGUCUGGUCUGGUUGCCUCUUCUGCAUCGACUAGCGAAUGUGGAAAAUGUCUUCCAUCCGGUGGAGUGUUCCUACUGCCACAGUGAGAGUAUGAUGGGAUUUCGCUACCGAUGCCAACAGUGUCACAAUUACCAGCUCUGUCAGGACUGCUUCUGGAGGGGACAUGCCGGUGGUUCUCAUAGCAACCAGCACCAAAUGAAAGAGUACACGUCAUGGAAAUCACCUGCUAAGAAGCUGACUAAUGCAUUAAGCAAGUCCCUGAGCUGUGCUUCCAGCCGUGAACCUUUGCACCCCAUGUUCCCAGAUCAGCCUGAGAAGCCACUCAACUUGGCUCACAUCGUUGAUACUUGGCCUCCCAGACCUGUAACCAGCAUGAAUGACACCCUGUUCUCCCACUCUGUUCCCUCCUCAGGAAGUCCUUUUAUUACCAGAAGGUUACCUGAGGGGAUAAGUGCAUCCAGCCCUGUGGCUGAAGAGCAUUCCCUCAUAAAGCAGUACGUAAAUCAGCUUGAUCACGGUGCACGCUCUCCUCCCAAGGACAGUGAAGUAGAGCAGAACAAACUGCUGGCUAGGGCUGCUCCAGCUUUUCUGAAGGGCAAAGGGAUACAGUACAGCCUGAAUGUGGCAGACAGGCUAGCUGAUGAACAUGUUCUCAUCGGGUUGUAUGUCAACAUGCUCCGGAACAACCCCUCAUGCAUGCUUGAGAGUUCAAACCGGCUUGAUGAAGAACACAGGCUAAUCGCCAGGUAUGCGGCAAGGCUGGCAGCAGAGUCCUCUUCAUCUCAGCCAACUCAGCAGAGAAGUGCUCCUGACAUCUCUUUCACCAUCGAUGCGAAUAAGCAGCAAAGGCAGCUGAUUGCUGAGCUAGAAAACAAGAACAGAGAAAUCUUACAGGAGAUCCAGAGACUUCGGCUAGAGCAUGAACAAGCUUCUCAGCCCACGCCAGAGAAGGCACAGCAAAACCCCACCCUGCUGGCAGAACUCCGGCUCCUCAGACAGCGCAAAGAUGAGCUGGAACAGAGAAUGUCUGCUCUCCAGGAGAGCCGGAGAGAGCUCAUGGUCCAGUUGGAGGGUCUCAUGAAGCUGCUAAAGACUCAGGGGGCUGGCUCUCCCCGCUCCUCCCCCAGCCACACCAUCAGCAGGCCAAUUCCCAUGCCCGUCCGGUCAGCGUCAGCCUGCUCCACCCCGACACACACGCCGCAGGACUCCCUCACAGGGGUAGGGGGAGAUGUACAGGAGGCAUUUGCACAAAGUUCAAGAAGAAAUUUAAGGAAUGACUUGCUAGUGGCUGCGGAUUCCAUCACUAACACUAUGUCCUCUCUUGUGAAAGAGCUGAAUUCUGAGGUUGGGAGUGAAACAGAGAGUAAUGUGGAUUCUGAAUUUGCACGGACUCAGUUUGAGGAUCUUGUUCCCUCACCAACCUCUGAAAAGGCUUUUCUAGCGCAAAUCCAUGCUCGAAAACCUGGGUAUAUUCACAGUGGAGCUACCACAAGUACCAUGCGUGGCGACAUGGUUACGGAGGAUGCAGAUCCCUAUGUGCGGCCUGAUGAUGAAAACUAUGAAAAUGACUCUGUCCGGCAGCUGGAGAAUGAGCUCAAGAUGGAGGAAUACCUGAAACAGAAGCUGCAGGAUGAAGCCUAUCAGGUCAGCUUGCAAGGUUGAAUGCAAUAUCCUUUUAUCACACUCCUCUCAAGCAAGCUAUAGUCAGACAGAUGAUGAAAGUAACAUGAAAACUGGUGAUGAUGGAGAGCCCUGUGGCCACACAGAGGAGGAAGACAGCAGCCUGGCAGCAGCCUCACCGAAGAGAGGAGCCACCACACCCAGCAGCUCCCGACAAACCCCCCACCCCUAAAGAUGUGUUCUGAUGACUAUAGUGCAGCUAACUUUUUGUUCUAAGAUUUUUAGUGCAUAGGUGUGUGUUUCAAGAAGGAAAAAAAAAAAAAGACUUUUGUUCAAAGUUAACUUAUCAGCUACAUCCUCUGUAACAUGGUUCAUCUCUGGUUAAAAAGCAAACAAACACAGGCUGAAAACCCAUGCUGCUGUUAUACACAAUGGCAGUAUUAACAAGCAUUUUAAACCUUUGCACAUGAUAUUGAACCUGUUCAGUUUACAAUGACAAUAUUAAUACUGUUUAUAGCUAGACGUUUGAUUUCUGAAUUGUUUGGAUUUUAGCAAAACAGUUUAUUAUACACUGUACAUUUUUUUUCACAGCAAUUGGAAAAAAACAACCACUUGCAAUCAUUCACUAACCCUGAAGAAUUUGGUUCCUGAGUGUACAAACUCAGAGCCUGGAAGCCAAGAAGGGUCCUUGGCCUGCACGGUCUGUAGUUGACUCCAAGUCUCUGUGAGCAGUGACUUGAACCAAACACACCAGGAAUAAUCUUCUUUGGGGCCUCUUUCCAACUUGGGGUUGUUUUCUUUCAAGAUACUCUAACAAAUCAGCCAUAGAAUUUAGUGUAAAUAUUUUUUUCCAAAUAGAUACCAUAUUCAAAAAAGGCAACAUUCAAAUUAUAUAGAAUCUAGUUUUUAAAAAUCAGCACAGAUCUUCUUAAAAACUGUGAACUAUGUUUUGAAAUACUCGUUACUAAAGCUGUUUAUAAACCACAGGUGCCAUAAGAUCCCCAAACGGACUAAAGUUAUCUCUGCUCUUCCAUGGUCUUGUUCCUCUCGUUUUGGCUUUAGGAAGCAUGUCUUUAACAGCACUGCUCGUUCACAAGUUCCCCUAUCAAGUUGUUUGGAGGCCUUCAGCUUUAAAUGUACAGGCUUAAAGUGCGCUUGCAAACGUUCUCUCUCCUUUUAUUUCUGAAUGUUGAUUGCCUUAGCUGGCCACCUGGUGUUCUGCAUGUAGCCUUCUGUGGUCAUGUGAAAGGAGACAGGCUCAUCUAAGUUGAGUUGGGAUUUUGCACUCAGUGAAAAGCUGAAGUGCAACAGAACUAUCAAAGACAAGAGGAUAAAAGACUGGGAUAGUCUUUUCUAAGGACCCUCUAUAGAGGGCCCUAAAGACCUCCUUUGGGAAUUCUGGGGAAAAUGAAAAAGUAAUCUUCUAAUUGCUUCAAGAUUUGAUUUUUUAAAAAAAGCCUGCGACAUAUUCAACACAUUAGGCUUAACUUAGCAGUUUCUCUGGAAUUCCUGUCUCUCCUUUAAAAGAAAGGAGAGAACAUUUUAGAAUAAUUCUCAAAGUGUGUCCCCUGGACCAGCAGCAUCUGCAACACUUAGGAAGGUCUCCAAAAUACUAAUUCUAAAGUCCCACCUCAGGCCUACUGAAUCAGAAGCUCUGGGGUGGGUCCAGAAAUCUGUUUUAAUCAACCCUCUAGGUGAUUCUGAUGCUCGCUAAAGGUUGAGAACUACUGCUUUAGAAUGAAGUUCGUAUAAUAAAGUCUCUGAAAAGGCCUUAUUCAGAAUAAGCAGGAAAGGUUCUGUGAUUCACUUUUGCUUCUGGGACUGGCAAAAACCUUCUCCAAACCUACACAAAAAGUUCGUAGUUGGUGGAUGCCCAGCCGAGUCCUGACAUCUUCAUGCCCCCUCUGCAGAGGGCGGCUGUACGAUGUUCACAUGUCUGCAUUUGGUCAGACAUCAUCUCCUUGGCUGCCCUUUGAAACCAAAUCGCUUGCCUUGGGGAUAAAGCGUUCGAUUGGCAUUAGUGAGAGGCCCAUCCUGUCCCUUGACGUACUUAAUCAUACAUCUCUCCAGAGAACCCGCCUGAAAAAUGUCCCUGAGCACAGGCUGACACCAAAGUGGCACAACUGCACAGUUCUCAGAUUUCUUUGCACAGAUUGAUUUUUAUUGCGGGUUUUGUUGGGGUGUCUUAAUGUUCAUCUCUUUUCCACUGCCCAUCCUCUGUGAACCCAUACCUCUCUAGAUGGAGCAGGUGGCCACUGGUGCCUCAUACUCAGUACUGAAAACCACUACAUCCCAGCUACCUAUAAUGCUGUCAGCUCGAAAUCAUAGCCAGGUAGUUCUUGAACUCAGAACUUAAAUCCUGCACGUGGCACUCCACCACUGACUGGACCGAGCUGGCAUAUGUUGUUUUUUUGUGUUUCUACAUCAAAAUGUUCGUCUAAGAUUUGAACUGUUCUGCUGAUAACCUUCCCCGUUGUCAUAGCUAUUUCAUUGCCAACCAACUCCAUCACAUGGUUGUUGAUACCAUCAUAUAAAGCCAUUGCAAGGACUCUGGAAACUGCCGCCAAUGACCAAUUUCUGACUAACCAGCCACCUUUUCUUUCUCUUAGCUCCACGUCAGCACUGAGACCAGACUCAAGCACCCCUGUCCUGUAACCGAGACAAAAUGGCGUGUGUUAUUUUGGGGUUUUGUGUUUUUUGGUGGGUUUCUUUCCUUGGCUCUCCAGAUUUACUUUUGGGGCCUGUUCUAAGUGCAAACCCAGCAGGUUUCACUUGUCGUGUCCCUUAGAUCCAGCUACAUCUUGUGGGGGUUGUUUCUUUCUUGUUCCACAAUGAAUUGCACAUCCAUCUCCAUCAGAGCUGGUAGCCUAUUAAUAAGCACUGGUCUAACACAGCCAACCCUCCCCCACAGCGCCAUGUUAAUGGAGGAGGGGAGGAAGGUGAAAUCUACUGCAUGGGAUUCAGGAAACAGUUGUGGUUGGUCAGGACGGAAGUCGGGGUAAGUUUGGUUGGUCAGAGGGAGUUGUGCUGGAGAUUAUGAAAAAUGGAUUCUCGAAUGAUCUACUAUAAGGCAGGGAAGGUUCAUUUGUAAGUAGUAAUGUGAACUGAAUUGCAUUAAGAGUGUGUGGCCUUUGUUGUGAUAUACUAUGUAUUUUCUUAUAUGCAUGAGCCAAACUGUUGCAUCAUAAUUUAGCACUGAUGUCUGCUUUUAUUUUGAUCAUCUUUGUCCACCCUUAUUAGUUCUUGGCUGUUAACUAUAGAUAGAUCUUGUAAAUCCAGCAACCUUUGGUUGCUGCAUUCACCUUGGUUCGAUUCCACACCAGGAGCCACAAGUGAGAACUCCACUGUCCUUAGAAGAAAGGGCAUUUUUACUUUUGAACCAAAAAGAGAAAAAAAAAAUCCGAAGUGUCACAUCUUGAGGCGAAUUAACUGUAAGACAUUUUUAAUUGUGACUACUGCAAUUUGACACCAUUUGAAAUAAUUCAGAGACACUAAAGAUUUCACAAUAUUCAUUGGUAUUGUAAAAAAAAAACUACUAUUGUAUGGAUUUUUGUAUUGCUGUUAAGUAUUGUUUUGUGUGUAUGUGUGUGUGUGUUGGAACCUCCUGGGGACAUGUUAUAUUUUGAAGUGAUUAAACUAUUUAAUUGUGUGUCUAUAUUUUGGAGUGGAAUUAUUUCUUCAUUAAAAAAUGUUUUUAAAAACACUA